AUGAUGUUGGGGUUUGAGGACUGUGGGAAGCUUCUGCGACUCCUCAAUGGAGGAGACGAGAAAGCGUUCGACGAAAUCAUGGCGGAUUUCAAAUCUAAUUUUGCAGGCUCACUCCAAUUCUACGCCUGCUCCGCUUUAGACAUUCUCACUUCGAGCCCUAAGGAUAAACUUCUAACUCCAGCUCAGCGGUUGGUUGCUUUUGCAAUCAUUUAUCAGGCAUACGCUUCGCAGGAACCUUCAUCAAAUCCUUUUAUUUCUAAGCUUGUUGAUGCAGCAUGUGAUGAUGCCGCCGAGAAGUAUGAAAAAGCAUUCGUUCUUCAAUUGUUGGGGUCAUCCAGCAGUAAUGGUGGCAAAGAGCUUCUCAAACAAUCUGCAGCAGAUUAUAUUAAAAGCUUUGACCUUUCAGCACAUUCCUUUCCGUCAAGGGAUCAUUUGCAGCAACAAUAUUGUGGAAAAAAUCUGUCAGAACCAUUGAAAUCUUUUUUCAAGGACAAAACUGUAAAAGAUGUAUUUCCCGAUCCUGAUGUACCCCGUGGAUGCAAUAGCGAUUCGAUCGAGUUUGAUGCACCACCUGGGAUUACACCUAAAAUUGGAUCUGGGAAUAGGGAUGAAACUAUUUCUGGAUUAUUGUCUUCUUGUUCUUUGGAGGGACUAGGUCCACAGUGGAUCCGGCCUUCUCCUCCUAGGUUCCCAGUAAUGGAAGGAGAGCUAUUGUGGCUGAAUCCUGAUAUGAACCAUGAGCUCUUAUGGGACUAUGGCAUGUGUGCUGAUACUAGUAGAGGAGCAGCAGUUAGAGAUUUAAUCGCAAAAGCUUUGAAAGGUCCACUUGUUCCUGUGCAACAAGAGCAAGUCUUGGUUGAGUUGGCGAAUGACCCAAAGCUUGUAUAUCAUUGUGGACUGACACCUAAAAAACUUCCAGAUCUAGUGGAGAACAAUCCUAUGAUUGCUGUUGAAGUUCUCAUUAAAUUAGUGAAUUCACCUGAAAUAUCAGAAUACUUUACGGUACUUGUAAAUAUGGAGAUGAGCCUUCACUCGAUGGAAGUUGUGAACAGGCUGACUACCACAAUUGAACUUCCCACCGAAUUCUUGCACACUUACAUAUCAAACUGUAUAAGUGCUUGUCAAGGCAUCAAGGAUAGGUAUAUGCAGAACAGGCUCGUGAGAUUAGUUUGUGUUUUCCUUCAGAGCUUGAUCCGGAACAAAAUCAUCAAUGUUCACGACAUCUUCAUUGAAGUACAAGCAUUCUGCAUCGAGUUCUCCCGGAUUAGAGAAGCAGCUGGGCUGUUUCGCCUUCUUAAAUCCUUGGAAUAG